AUCAAAUUAAAGAUUUGAUAGAAUAUUCAAAUAUGAUAGGUUGUAAAUGGAACAAGAAAGAGAAGAGUACAGAUUAAUAUAUUUAUUCCAUUAAUCAUGCAACCCCAUGAUCAAAAUAAUAAUUGUGCCUUGUGAUACUUUUUCAAACCUUAAGCAAGAAGACUCCAAAACUGCAACUACUAGCCCUCUCAUCCUUUAUCUUCAACCACGUACAAAUUGAUUAAACCAAAAAUAUUUGAAAACCAAAAUAGUUUGAUAUCAUGGGUUGUUUGGCAAAUCAAACAGUACUUCCCACAAUAAGCUUUUCGGAGCAAAAUCUAGAGGUAGGAUCGUCUUCUUGGUUGUCCACCAGCAAAGAUGUGGUUGCUGCACUCGAAGAAUUCGGUUGUUUCAACGCUACCUACAGCAAUUUCUCCCCCCAAUUGCACCACGCAAUCUUCGGAGCUUCCGAGGAACUCUUCGAUCUUCCAACUCAUGUCAAAAUGCUCAACACUUCCGACACACCUACUCAUGGCUACGUGGGUCAAAUAGCGGCCAUACCUCUCUACGAAGGUCUAGGAAUCGAAAACGCCACCACCCAAGAUGGCGUCACCAAAUUCACCCAUCUCUUAUGGCCUUCAGGAAAUGAAACUUUCCGUGAGACAGCGUUGGAGUACUCCAAGGUUGUGGCGGAGCUGGACAAGGUGGUGAUGAGGAUGGUGGCGGAGGUUUAUGGGAUAAGGAGCGCAUACGAAUCCUUGGUCGAAACGACGUCGUACCUUCUCAAAUUGAUAAAGUAUCGACCACCGGCGAAAGAUGAAGCUGGUUUAGGGAUUGUCCCUCACACUGACAAGAGCUUCACCUCCAUUCUUCACCAACGCCUAGUAAAGGGCCUCCAGAUUAUGACCAAAGCCGGUGAUUGGAUCGGCGUCGACCCCUCGCCCUCUGCCUUCGUUUUCAUGGCCGGCGACGCUUGCAUGGCAUUUACCAAUGGAAGAAUAGAGCCUUCAAAACAUAGAGUGAUAAUUGAUGGGAGUGAAGAAAGGUAUUCGCUUGGGCUGUUUACAUUUAUUAGGGAUGUGAAAAUACAAGUGCCUGAAGAGCUAGUUGAUGAAGAUCAUCCUUUGCAGUUUAAGCCUUUUGACCACUACAAAUUUAUCCAUUUUAUUUACACCGAGGAGAGCAAGAGCUCAGAGUCUCCAAUCAGGGCUUUUUGUGGAGUUUGAGAGUUCACCUGCAUUUCUAUAUAUAUGUAGUACUACUCUUACUAUAUUUGUGUGCUUGAAUAAGUUAUGAAAAUUAUGUUGUGGAGUUUGUAAUUA